CAUACACACAUAAAUAUACAAACAUAUAUACGGGAGUUAUCGGUAAAUAUGUCAAAAGUAUCACUAGACGGUUUUACAAAUACAUUGAGGCGUUACCCAAAGACUUUGGGCGGAGUUGGUGUUCUAACGACUUGCGGUUUAAUUUUACUUGAAAAACAAAGGAUUCGAAAAUAUCUAUCAAAAUGGGUAGAUACUGCACCGACAGACACCGAUAAAAAGCGCCCAGAUUACAUAUACAUUAAAUAUCAUAUUUAUAAGGAGUCUAUGCGCAAAUUGAAGCAAAAAGAAGAGGAAAAUAAGAAAUGGGUGAGCGUCAUUAUUAAUCCCAUUGGCAAGUGGUGGAAAGCCGUUAAACAUUCGGUAGCAUGGCGCUUACUGAAAAUCGCACAAACUGGUUCACAACAUGAACGCCUCAAGGCAGUUCGUCAAUUGGCUUGUAUCGAUCACUUGAAAGAUUGGGACUUUCGACAUUUAGCACAAAUUUGUGAUGCACGCACAGCAGUUUCGCUGGCGCGCUCUGGCGCUGACUCUCGUUGGUUCGUGCCAGUUCAUAUGCGCGGCUGUAUUAAGAAUCCCAAACUGGUGCUAGCUGAUUUCCACGAUAUGUUGGCACGCCUACGUCCAAAUUCUUGCGUCGAUAACUUUUUCAACAAAUACUUUCCACAACAGUAUCCACACGAGGGCAUCGACGAAUUCUAUACGCAAGAGCAAGCUAGCUCGCUAUCUGUGCAGGACACAGAUAUGUUGAAGGAGGUAAUUUCUUUCUUGCAUCACAUCACCAAGGAGGAGGCGGUUGCUAAACAGAUCAUUAACGAAGGUGGCCUUACACAUAUCAUGGAAUUGCGUAAAAUUUUUGCCGAUGACAAUGAAACGCUUUCGACACUAUGCAAAGUAUUGGCGAAUGUGUCGCUGGUGGAGAAUAGUGUGGAGCACUUCUUCGCUUCGGGCUGGAUUGGUGUUUUGGCAGAUUGGAUGAAAUGUCCCGAUUUGCGUUUACAAGUGAUCUCAGCGAAAACUAUGGCUAAUUUGGAUCACGAUGACCCCAAUCAUGUGCAAUAUCCACCCAAUGUGUAUCCAUUACAUCCACGUUUGCGUACGCGCGCUAAACCCAAGGCUGAUAUAAUAUUCAUACACGGCUUGUUGGGUGGCGUUUUCAUUACGUGGCGUCAGAAAGACCGCAAUCCCAUAGAAUUGGGUUUGUAUGGCAAGAAUGCUUUUUACACUAGCGAAACGGAUGAUGUGUUUUUGAUUGGCGAACAAAGACGUACGAAUGGAAAAAUUUUGAAAAAUUCAAACAACGCGGGUAAUAAUGGCACAAACAAUGUUGUGAAAACGGAACAACCAACUGAUCCAAUAUUGAAAGCUGCGCAAAAGACUAAAAACAAAAUGCUGGAGAUUAGCGAUGCUGCGACAAUGGAACUUGUGGAGACGUUGCAAAAUACUGCCGAAUUAGAAUCAGAUUGGGAGGUUGUGCAUCCAGAUGUGCCACUUAAGGCAGGCGAGGAAUGUUGCGGAGAAUUCAGCGUGCCGGGAAAUGAAUGGCAGAAUCAAGAUAACAUUGAAGACUACACAAACUGUUGGCCAAUGGAGUGGCUGCCGGAUGAUUAUCCAAAUACAAGAAUCAUCGGCAUCGAUUACACUUCUGCGGUCACUGAAUGGUCUGCCAAUUUCACAAAGUACUGUCCCUGCGAAAAGGGUCAGGGGCAAAUCGACGUUCGUGCCACAUCACUUCUCGAACGUCUCUCGAAAUCUGAUGUGGGCAAUGAGAGACCUGUUGUUUGGAUCGGUCAUUCCAUGGGCGGCAUACUCACCAAGCUUAUGCUUAUGAAGGCCAUAGAUGAUCCUGAUCCAAAAGUAAAGCAAAUAGCCAACAGCACGUCGUCCAUACUCUUCCUUGGCACACCGCAUCGCGGCUCUUCGAUUGUCAAGUGGAAACAGCACUUGCAAAUGAUUAUCUCCCCCUCCAUUGAAGUGAAAGAAAUGGAGGAAGGAGCACCGAAAUUGCUAGCAGCGCACAAUCGUUUCAUGGCGUGUUUACACACAUGCUUUCGUAACGUUAAGAUUGUGACCAUCGCCGAAGGUGCACCCACCAUGCUGACAACAUUCAAAUUCCCGCUGCGCAUUGUAACUGAGGACUCGGCGCGCAUUGAUUACGGUGACUUUUAUGUACUCAAAGAUGAUCAUCUUAGCCUAUCGAAGCCAAUUUUCCGCCAAUCAUUCCUAUAUCAACGUGUUCUUAAAGUGAUUGAAGACUCAGUGAAUAGAGAUGAGAGUCCAGUUGAGAAAGUUACGCUACCUGGCACAAAAUUCAAAAUAGAAGCAGUUAAAGUACCGCCGACUAGGGCUUCGGACUCAGGCGCAGAGAGUUUAUUGCAGAAAGUGCGUGGAAUUUUCUCGACAGUGCCACAAAUAACAAUCAAUUUUCCCAACGCUCAAUGCGAACAGUCUAGGCGCGAGUAAGUCGAGCGACAUUUUUUUAUUGCUUGUUUUGACUGGCUACUGACUGCUAUUGCAACAGAAUUCAUCCCACUAAGUUAUUUCAUAGCACAUCUUGUAAAAAAAAUUCCUGUACUUAAAUUCAUAUGCCAACUCAUCUUAAAAUAUUUGCAUACCCAUGUUUUAUAAGACGUGACAAAAAUUGUAUCGUAAUAUAUUAGUAAGUAAGUUUGUACAUGAGCUUUUUGGCUUCGCAGAAAUGCUAUUUACAAAAUUCAUAGUCGCUUUAGUUCCUCAGUAAUGUAUUGUAAUCAAUAAGAGCUUAUGAGGUUAAGCAUUUAAGAAAAUUCGCUCAAAUAAAGCUAUGAAAAUGCUUGUAAAUGUUAAACAUAUUAAAUAAUAUUGUAAGGUCAACACAAAGUAAUGAAUUGCUAUGAUUUGUAUUGAAAUCCAAUAAAAAUGACUUUUAAAAAAUCCUUGACAUAGAA